UCCUCGUCCAGUGGGGGAGCUUCUUGGCAGAAUAAUCCCGAUCACUUUGAUCCGACUGCAGGUCAACUCGGGCUUGAGUUGGAUCGAGUGCUAGAGAAGCUCAAGAAGGCACAAUUGCCACCAUCGAUACUCGAAAAGGAAGGAGAGAGAAGAAGUGCAGCUCGUCGUCACGCGGCACGUCGUCAGAGAGCCAUCGAAGCUCGUGGUUUAUGUCCAUCGGUAUUCAAAGGUAGACAUGGCAGGAUGCGCGAGCUCGGAGCUGAGCGCACUGACAGGGCUGUUGACAUCGUCAGGUCUCAAUGUGGGGAGCUCGGACCAGGUGGGGCAGUUCCUCUGCUCGAAAUUCGAUGAAAUCUCCACGGCAUUGGCCACGCACACGCUGGCCGUGGACAACACGUACCUCUUGUUCUCGACGUACCUCGUCUUCUCCAUGCAGAUAGGCUUCGCGAUGCUGUGCGCGGGCUCGGUGCGGGCGAAGAACACCAUGAACAUCAUGCUGACCAAUGUGCUGGACGCAGCGGCGGGAGGCAUCUCGUUCUACCUCUUCGGAUUCGGCUUCGCCUUCGGGCGCAGCUCCAACAACAACAAAUUCAUCGGCAGCAACUUCUUCGGCCUGCAUGAAAUUCCCAGCUCGCUCGACGGCUUCGACUACAGCUUCUUCCUCUUCCAGUGGGCGUUCGCCAUCGCUGCAGCAGGAAUCACCAGCGGCUCCAUCGCCGAGCGCACGCAGUUCGUCGCCUACCUCGUCUACUCGUCCUUCCUCACGGGCUUCGUCUACCCGAUCGUCGCACAUUGGAUGUGGUCCGUCGACGGCUGGCUCGGGGCCGCGGCCACGGACCGGCUCUUCGGCGUGGGCGCCAUCGACUUCGCGGGCAGCGGCGUCGUCCACAUGGUAGGCGGCAUUGCGGGUCUCUGGGGGGCCUUCAUCGAGGGCCCGCGCCUCGGCAGAUACAACCGCGACGGCAAGCCCGGCAUGGACAUGCGCGGCCACAACGCCUCGCUCGUUGUACUCGGUAGCUUCCUGCUCUGGUUCGGCUGGUUCGGCUUCAACCCGGGCUCGUACGUCAAAAUCCUCGUCCCCUACGAAGGCUCAACGUUCGAGGGCAAUUGGACCGGCGUGGGAAGGACCGGAGUCACCACCACGCUCGCCGGGUGCACGGCGGCUCUGACCACUCUCUUCGCGCGCCGCUGGAUGACCGGCCACUGGAUCGUCACCGACGUGUGCAACGGGCUGCUGGGAGGCUUUGCUGCCAUUACGGCGGGCUGCGCUGUUGUCGAGCCCUGGGCUGCUAUCGUCUGCGGGUUCGUGGCGGCGUGGGUGCUCAUUGGAUUCAAUCACAUUGCUGCCAAAUUGCGGUACGACGAUCCGCUGGAAGCUGCGCAGCUGCACGGGGGAUGCGGGGCGUGGGGGCUGCUUUUCACAGGCUUGUUUGCGAACGAGAGAUAUGUCGCCGAGGCUUAUGGCCCCGGGCGUGGGCACGGGCUGUUCAUGGGAGGAGGGGGCAAGCUGUUCGCCGCUCAGAUCAUCGAGAUUUUGGUGGUCGUCGGGUGGGUGACGGCCACCAUGGUGCCAUGUUUCUGGCUGUUGCACCGAUUCAAUCUGCUCAGAAUCUCGGCCGAGGAUGAGAUGGCCGGUAUGGAUCUCACCAGACACGGCGGCAAGGCUUAUUAUAACGAGGACGAGACUGUCACUCCCGAGUUCCUUCAACCUGGUGGCGGUGUCGGCCAGUUUCUCCACUUGCCUGGACAAAGGGCGGUGGUCGGAGUUCAACCCAAGGGGUUGCCGAAACAAGAGUUUCCCGAUUUGGAACAAUGAAAUGUUGUAAAUUAUUCCUUUUGAUCGGUCCCGGUACCAUGAGAUAGUGAGACUGCAAUCUUGGCCCGUGAUGAAUUUCAGUGUAUUCAAAUCGAUGUCGAUCACGGAUGAUCUAUUCGGGACUUAAGGUUUAGUAGAAGCGCAGUAGUAUACGAAAGCAAGGUGCAUGUGAUUUUAGCUACUGGAACAACGGUACGUCAACCUCUAGGUUGAUUCAUAAACUUUGUGAGCGAGAUAGAGCACAAGUGUGCCAGACCGUUGCCUUAGGACGUCGAUUCAGAGGCGAUCAAGACCAUCCAUCGAUGAAAUUGAUCGAUCGAUCAAUUCUCUUAAUAAGUGAUUUUGAUUCAAUCUCUGCAAAAGUGAAAUUCUGUAGACGUAGAAUUAGAUGUGUAUGUACUAGAUUCCUGGACCAAUUUGUGAGCAAUUUUGAUG